UACGAGGAUGUCGUCCAGGAAAGAUUGUGCAGAUGACUGAAGCAGAAGUUCGGGGCUUAUGUAUCAAGUCUCGGGAGAUCUUUCUCAGUCAGCCUAUUCUUUUGGAAUUGGAAGCACCGCUGAAAAUUUGUGGAGAUAUUCAUGGACAGUAUACAGAUUUACUGCGAUUAUUUGAAUAUGGAGGCUUUCCACCAGAAGCCAACUAUCUUUUCUUAGGAGAUUAUGUGGACAGAGGAAAGCAGUCUUUGGAAACCAUUUGUUUGCUAUUGGCUUAUAAAAUCAAAUAUCCAGAGAACUUCUUUCUCUUGAGAGGAAACCAUGAGUGUGCUAGUAUCAAUCGUAUUUAUGGAUUCUAUGAUGAAUGCAAACGAAGGUUUAAUAUUAAGUUGUGGAAGACCUUCACUGAUUGUUUCAACUGUCUGCCUAUAGCCGCCAUUGUGGAUGAGAAGAUCUUCUGUUGUCAUGGAGGACUGUCACCAGACCUGCAAUCUAUGGAGCAGAUUCGGAGAAUUAUGAGACCCACUGAUGUUCCUGAUACAGGUUUGCUCUGUGAUUUGCUAUGGUCUGACCCAGAUAAGGAUGUGCAAGGCUGGGGAGAAAAUGAUCGUGGUGUUUCCUUCACUUUUGGAGCUGAUGUAGUCAGUAAAUUUCUAAAUCGUCAUGAUUUAGACUUAAUUUGUCGAGCUCAUCAGGUGGUGGAAGAUGGAUAUGAAUUUUUUGCUAAACGACAAUUGGUGACCCUAUUUUCAGCCCCAAAUUACUGUGGUGAAUUUGAUAAUGCUGGUGGAAUGAUGAGUGUGGAUGAAACUUUGAUGUGUUCAUUUCAGAUAUUGAAACCAUCUGAAAAGAAAGCUAAGUACCAGUAUGGUGGACUGAAUUCAGGACGUCCGGUCACUCCACCACGAACAGCUAAUCCACCGAAGAAAAGGUGAAGAAAGGAACUGUGGAAAGAAACCAUCAGAUUUGUUAAGGACAUACUUCAUAAUAUAUAAGUGUGCACUGUAAAACCAUCCAGCCAUUUGACACCCUUUAUGAUGUCACACCUUUAACUUAAGGAGACGGGUAAAGGAUCUUAAAUUUUUUUCUAAUAGAAAGAUGUGCUACACUGUAUUGUAAUAAGUAUACUCUGUUAAAAUAUUCAACAAAGUUAAAACCAAAUUCAAAAUUACCCAUUAAAGUUACAUCUUCACUUAUCACAGUUUUUAAAGUUGAAAAGCAUCCCAAUUAAACUAGAUGUGAUCGUUAAAUCAGAUGAAAGCAUGAUGAUCCAUCUGUGUAAUGUGAUUUUAGUGUUGCUUGGUUGUUUAAUUAUUUUGGGCUUGUUUUGUUUUGUUUGUUUGUUUUUGCUAGAAUAAUGGCAAAUAUUUUAAAUUUUUUCCCCUGAACAUUUUUAAAAAUGAAAUGUGGGACGAGCUCUAAAGACAUUCACCAACUAUUAUUUUCUCUUGCUUAUUUACUUAUGUACCUGUUUAAUCUUACUAAGAAAACUUAUGCUUCGUUGCUGUGAAAAGGAAUUUUAGAGGUUGAUAUUUUAAAAGUAUGCAAACUGUCCAAUCCAGUGAUUUAAUCAACAGUUUGACUGGGCAAACUUUACAGCUGAUAGUGAAUAUUUUGCUUCAUACAGAAAUUGCCACAGAUAUGGAUUUGUGCACUCUAAUUUUUAACUGAUUGAUGCUGUAUUGUGCAGUAGCAUUUCAUUUAACUUUAAGGUAAAGUUCAUAGUAUUACCCACCUAGUUGGUAAUGUGAUUAUGUGGUACCUUUGUUUUAGGUUUUAAUUUGCACGAAACACCUUUUGGCAUGCUUAACUUUCUGGAAACACUCUCACCUGCAUCGAUUUUGUUUUUUGGGUUUUUGUUGUCGUUUUUUUGUGUUUAGAUCCAUAAAACAUGGGAAUCCUUUUUUGACAAGCCUUGGAAAGCUGACACUAUCUCUCCCUUUCUCUGUACGAAGGACAUAUUUAAAUGAAUGCUGGUCAGUGGGACAUUUUGUCAACUAUGGGUAUUGGGUGCUUAACAGUCUAUUAAUGCCAUGUGAAUGUUGUAUACGAUUGUAAGGCUUAUGUCACUAAAGAGUUUUAUUCUGAUUUUUCAUGAUCAAAGUCCAUAUGAUAUUGUAUAGACAUGCUUUGUAGUGAACUAUAGUAGCAAUAAUUUCUGUACAUGAUCAAGGGUUUUUUGCAGCAUUUCUUUUCCUCUUCUCUCUUUCUCUUUUUAAGGGUUAGCAUUAACAAAUGGCAAGACUAGAAAAGUGAACAUAAAGAUUUUAUAAGGAGAACUUAGAGGACACAGAUUUGUGAUUUUUGGGUGCGAUACUUUUGAUGUGAUUCUAAAAGCUUUUAUUGAGCAUUGUCAAAUUUGUAAGUUCAUAGGGAUGGACAUCAUAUUUAUAAUGCCCUUUUAUGUGUGCUACCGUAGAUGUGAAAUUCUUGACCUUAAUAUUGUCUUUAAAAAUGUUAAAUUGAGAAUUCUGUUAACUUACGUUUUAUGAAUUGGUGUAUUGUAUUACUGCAAGAGAUUUGAUUUUCAGCUCAGUGCAACGUUCUUUCAAAUGCAUAUGUCUUUUUUUCUAAUUCCAUUUUGUUUUAAAGCACAUUUUAAAUGUAGUUUUCUCAUUUAGUAAAAUUGUCUAACUGAUAUAAA